AUUUGAUAUGUGAACAUAACACACAAAUAAUAUAUACCCCGAUUGUUAAACAAUUUGUACAUACAAUUUCGUAAAAACAAAGCAACAGAACUACACAUUUCCAAUAUACAUUUUCAAAAUAUUUUGGUAAAACGAAAAGGUCAACUUUGUAUUCACUUUGGCUUACGCGCGCUGCAUGAUAUUUUACAUUUUUCCAAAAUUUUCCAAAAGCAACUUUCUUGCGAAAAAACUAAUCGAACAAGGCAAACCAUACGUGCUCCUGUACAACUUUCUUUGGUAGCUUGUAGACACAUAGAGAAUUCGCUUGCGAUGGCUACUUCGAGGGCCCACAAUGUGACCGUCACGCAUAAUUCGUUGGUUCAGUGGUCCCGUGGCGAUAUUCUCGAUUGGUUCAACGAGACGCUCCAAUGCAACCUAAUCAAUAUCGAACAGUUGUGCACCGGUGCAGCCUAUUGUAAUUUGAUGCAUAUGCUUUAUCCCAAACUGAUCAAUUUGAAGCGAGUUAAGUUUUUUUCGAAUCAAGAAUACGAGUACGUUAACAAUUUCAAGGAACUUCAAAAAGCCUUCAAUAAGGUAAAUGUAAGCCUACCAGCUGAGGUCAAUGAUUUGAUCAAGGGCCACAGGGUAGAAAAUUUUAAAUUUGCCGUGUGGUUCCGACACUUUUUCAAUGUCAAUCACACUAAGGAUAAAUGCGCUGGCUACGAUGCACUGGUAGCUCGUGACCAUCAGAACAUCGGUAUCGGAUCCUCAAAAUUGACAACCAAAGAUCGUUUUCGCUUGGUGAAGGUGAAGACGACAGCUAUACGAGGUAAAGUUGCGACUUGCCAGGCGACGAUUAACAGUAGCCUUUGCACGGGCAAAGCUAACCAGGACGAGGAUAGCCAGCACACGGAUAAAAAGGACGAGGAUAGCCGUGACCAGGGUAGCCAGUACGAGGAUAGCCCCGGCAUGGAUAGCCAGUACAAGGAUUGCCGUGACCAGGAUAGCCAGUACGAGGAUAGCCACGGCAAGGAUAGCCAGUACAAGGAUUGCCGUGACCAGGGUAGCCAGUACGAGGAUAGCCACGGCAUGGAUAGCCAGUACGAGGAUAGCCGUGACCAGGAUAGCCAGUACGAGGAUAGCCCCGGCAUGGAUAGCCAGUACAAGGAUAGCCGUGACCAGGAUAGCCAGUACGAGGAUAGCCACGGCAAGGAUAGCCAGUACAAGGAUUGCCGUGACCAGGGUAGCCAGUACGAGGAUAGCCACGGCAUGGAUAGCCAGUACAAGGAUAGCCGUGACCAGGGUUGCCAGUACGAGGAUAGCCACGGCAAGGAUAGCGAAGACGAGGAUAGCCAGUACGAGGAUAGCCAGGACAUUCACAUGGUGCUCCAAAGAGACCACUGAUAUCGUGACGUCGUCGGUUUUUAAUUCCUGGCCAAGCUCAUUGUCAACUCAAAACUCUCAAAAGAACUAGUCAAAGCACACGGUAGCCUCGAAGGAGUAAGGAUGUGAAGACGAAGGCUGCCUGCUUUUCAAAAUUAACAGUUUUGAACUCUUUAAACCAAAUUCACAUUUUCUCCACUGCUUUUGUAUUUCAUGGUUUGGAAAUUGAAAAUUAAAAUGUUGACCC